AAAACGCUUGUUUCGUGUGAGCCCGUCUCGGCCAAGUCAACAGCGAACGUCAAGCGUUGGCAUCACAUCGGAGAAGAGGCGACGCCAUCAGCAGCGUUCGCAUCCUCCGCCGUUGUCGUUGCCGAUUCUGUCAGCAGAGCUCGACGCCCUCUCUCUGUCUCUCCGCCUCUCUCACCCUCUUGCCCAUACACAGCUCGGCAGACUCGCUCGUCUUCAGCUGCCGCCUGAGUUUGCAAGAGCUCAUCGUCCUGCGUCCGGCCCGGCAUCGUUGUCAUUGGUGCUGCUUCCCAUUCCCGCCUGGCCGUCUUCCCGUGAUCGUCAUCAUCUCACCUCGAUUUUUUUCUGCACUGCCCACUCCGCUAGACUGGGUAGCAUUACGCAACCGCGGGCUCCUCUGCUUGGCGCCACCUCCUCUGCUCUCUUCAGCUUGACCUGUCUGGCGUGCUUCGCUGGGGAGACUGCCGCACAUACACCUUAGUUGCACAAGCACGGCAUUAACACUGCAGUUACCGGUCGCUGCUCAUACCGCUUGCCCGUCUGCCUUGCGUCUCCUUUAUCUCUACCUCGACUGCGACGUUUCCUUCCGUUCUGCCGUCCUGCCGAAUUUCGGACAAAGCAAAUCGGGUGAGCAGCGGUGACGAAGCUCUCAAACACUCGCAUCUUGGCCAGACCACAACACCACCAGCAACGCCGAGUUCGACCACCGCAACGCCUCGGGAAAAAUAGAAUACGGAAGGCGAGGAACUGCGGGUUAUAUGUUCAUGCCCGCCCGCACGCCUCCGUCGUCGCCAUAAUACAAUCCCGCCGCUGCGUUUGCGUGUUUACUUGUGCUUUUGCAUGUAUGUGUGCCUGCACCCGUGUGGCAUUAUUUACGAUUCCCCUCCUUCGCCUCCGAAGGACAUUCUAAACAAAUCCAAUACCACCGUCAUUUUCAAACAUAACGAGCUACACUGGUGAAUUGCUUGCUCAAUCUCACACGCCUCAUCACUGCGGCUUGGAAAAAAAAAAAAAAAACUCUGGCACACCGAGGAGCAACUCCGAGCAAGCAUGGCUGCAGCUCCGCCUUUUAAGGUCAAAGCCUUGUACCCCUACUCCUCGGAACAUGAGGAUGACCUGAACUUCGCCGAAGGCCAGAUUAUCACCGUCACUGAGAUCGAGGAUGACGACUGGUACAUCGGCGAGUACACAUCCGGUGACGGGUCAACCAAGUCCGGUCUCUUCCCGAACAACUUCGUCGAGCGCUAUGAGCCAGCGCCCCCGCCUCGGCCCACGCGGCAGUCACGGCCCAAGUCUGUGGCAGAGCCGACAGCGAUGAUGGCGACAACUCCCGCUUCCGCCGUCGCUUCUUCGGACGAGCCAGCGCCGCCUACAAUGCUGUCAACUGCGUCGAAACCGAAUGUCGAAGAGGAGGGUCGCGGACAAGAGGAGGAGCCGGAGGAACAACCGGCUACCGCGUCGAGGAAGAGCGUUGAUGCUCCACCACCACAGUCCGGACAAGAAUCCACUGCAGAGUCCUCUCCACCAGUCCUCCCGGCCGCCACAAAACCAGUUCCUCCACCUAGCGCCCCAGAACAGCCGCGAGUUCAGGCGCAGCAACCUCCACCAGCGCCCAAACCCGAGCCAGCGGAACCAAUCAAAGCGACGCCUGCGAAGAAACCCCCACCUCCAGUAGCUGAAAAAUCAUCCUCUUUCAAAGACAAACUAGCUGCCUUCAACAAGCAGGGCGCCGCUCCUAUCGCGCCAUUCAAACCACCCGGUUCGUCGGCAAACGCAUUCAUCAAGAAGCCCUUUGUGGCGCCUCCGCCGUCAAGAAAUGCAUACGUCCCUCCCAUCACGCGGAAUGAGCCACCUCCGAAGGUAUAUCGGCGCGAGGAAGACCCUGAAAUCGCAGCACGGAUGGCGGAGGAUGAGGAAGCUGCGGAGAAGGCUGGCCUCACGGCUGGGAGCUUAGCUUCACAGCAACAAACUGAGGUAGCUGCUGAGGGCGGUGAGGAAGAUGCGCCCAAGCCCGUCAGUCUGAAGGAGAGGAUCGCGCUGCUGCAAAAGCAACAACAAGAGCAGGCUGCGCGCAGAGCCGAGUCGAGCCACAAAAAGAAGCCCGAGCGGCCUCAGAAGAAGCGGGCGGAGUCACACGAGGGGGCUGCCGCCCAGGAUACGGGCGCCAAUGUCGACCAGCAGCCGGAGGGAGCUGAACGCGCGGCUAGAGAUCCAGAGGAUGUGUCCCGUGAGGCACCCGUACGGAAGACGUCGCGGCCGCCUGCCGUUCCAAGAGAUCGGGAGGCUAGCGACGGCAACGAGGCGGAUCAGUCAGCUGCUGGUGAGACCACCGAAGACGCGGGGCACGAUUCGUCAACGGAAGAAGAUGGGAAGCCGCCGCGGCCCACCCCUGUCUCGAAAGCAGCUCAUGCAGAGGCUGAGGAUGGCGAGUCUACUGAAGAGGGUGAGCAGGACGAGGACGAAGACGAAGACGAGCUGGACGAGGAGACGCGGCGGCAACAGGCACUUCGCGAACGCAUGGCUAAGCUGAGCGGCGGUAUGGGCAUGGGCCCCAUGUUCGGACCUCCUGGUGGAAUGGUGAUGCCAGGCAUGGGUGGCAUCCCAGCGAAAAAGAAAAAGCCACCUCCGGCGGAGCGGAAGCCCGCAGAAGAGGCUGCCGAGGAGUCGAUGGCCAGAGCGCCCAUGGUCCCCAUUCCUGGAAUAGGACUACCAGGUAUGAUGGCAAGAAGCAUGAGUAGCGAGAGCGGGGCUACUCUGGGCAAGGAAGACUCGGGUAGGACGGAAGAGGGCGAAGCCGAAGCCGCUGUUACGGCAUCUCAAGCUGCACCGUCCCCACCAGCGACGUCGAGGGCCGCGCCACCGCCUAUUCCUGGCGGCCGACCUUCCAUGGAGGCACGUGCUCCUCCUCCACCGCCUCCUGCGCAGCAAAUGACUGAGAGCGAAGGCUCUGAAGCCGAUGAUGAGAUCGCUGAGAGAUCGGGAACAGAGCUUCCCAUGCGUGGAGCACCACCCCCUGUUCCAAGUCAUGUGCCACAGCCUUCCAACCGCAUGUCUAUGGAUUCUCCAACCUUACCACAGUCACCGACAUCGCCUAUGGAAAACAAACGCGCCAGUAGGAUUCCUCCUCCAAUACCCGUGACGAGCCCUACCAUGAUCCCCCCUGCUCCGAUGUCAGCAACGAGUAGGGCUCCGCCGCCUCCACCGCCUACGCAAGCACCCAAUUCGAGGCAAGGCACGAUAGACUCGACACAUCGCAAAGCACUGAGUGGAAUUGGGGCACCAGAGUCGGGGAGCGAGUAUGAGGGUGACUAUGACACGGACAUCGCGUCAGGCGAGAAGCAUAAGGACGCGUUAAAAUCACAUGCGAGGGACCCGAGUCUAGAUGAAAGCUUGUCGAUGGACACUCCCGUCAGGAGCCCCCCACUGCCUCAUAGUGGUCCAUACUCACCGACGGGAGGGCCUAGAGGCGUCCCCCCGCUGCCUCCGACUGCUCCGCCGGCCUCGAGGAAGAGCGCUGAGCAUAGCAGAGCUCCUCCCCCGAUUCCGUCGAGGACUGGAGACGACGAUGAAUAUGAUCCAUUCAACUAUGCUUCAACGCCUGCUGUCGCAGCAAGAUCACCACCACCUCCUCCUGCUCCAGCACAUAGACAACCACCCCCACUCCCUACAACUGCGCCGGCCAUGCCUGCACCUCCAGUACCGCCGCGACAGGAGAGUGAAGAUGAUGAUGAUGAAGACGAAGACGAACUGUACUCCCAGCCACCUCCGCGAAAAUCUGCUGACCAACCGCGCAAAUCGAUGGAUAGGCCGCCUCCUCCGCUUCCACCCCAAGCUCCUCCAUCCCACGAUAGAGCCCCGCCGCCAUUGCCUCCCCAAGCGGCGCCGCAUGGUCACUUUGAUGCUCCACCUCCCGCGCUCCCGCAUGGAAAGGCACCGGGAAGGCCAUCUAUGGACCAGGAUCGGUCUUUUGCGCCUCCAUCACGAACAUCUACGGAUCCCAUUGGCCGCCCGUCCAUGUCUGGCCACAGGCCUGAGAUGGGUGACUUUAUCGCGCGCGACAUCGAUCUCGCAGAGGGCUCGCUCUGGUGGACGCAGCCCAACAUGCCACCACCAGCCGUUCAAAAUCGUGUCGACGUCGGCUUUGAGAUUGAAGAGUCGACCAGUACCAAGCGCGGCGGAAAGACCAUCGUAUCCAAGGAUGUGUACCUUUUGUACCAAGAUUACAGCCAGACUGUUGUUACAGCGCGGUUUGACGCAAGCCAGCCACAAGACGCUCACCUGGAGCAAAAGCACGAGCCGCCUCCAAACAAGCUGCGGCAAGACCAGCUGGAGAACUUUUGGACGCGCUACGGAGCGUCCAUCUCCAAGACGGCAGAGAAGAGCAUCGGCGGCUCAGCCGUGGGUGACGGGAGUGCCCACGCGUUCAUCCUCGAGCUGCUCAAAAACUUGCCAGGCUCCCUCGCACCUGUUGGUACGCGAGCUUACGGCGCGCUUGUGUACGCGAAUUUGGGCAACGCAACCGUGCAACAAUUUGACGAGAUCCGACCGGGUGACGUGGUAAGUUUCCGCAACGCCAAGUUCCAGGGAAAGCACGGUGGCUUGCACACCAAGUAUAGCAUCGAGGUUGGUGGACACGUCGGCGUAGUGGUCGAAUGGGACGGCACGAAGAAAAAGCUACGUGUUGCCGAACAAGGGCGAGACAUGAACAAGGAGAAGAAGAAGGACAAGAAGGGCAAGGUCGAGAUGGAGAGCUAUCGGCUUGAAGACCUGAGGAGCGGCGAGGUGAGGGUAUGGAGAGUGGUAGGAAGGGAGUAUGUCGGUUGGGACAGCGGCCAGUGAUUGCAUCUCCAUGCAUGCCUGCUUCUGGCCUACGAACAAGGGAAGGUGAGAAAAAGGAAACCUUGACGAUGUGUGAGUCCCUGUGGGCCUGUUGAUCGUUUUGGGUGAAACGAGAGGCGAGUUGAAGAGAAAACUGCAUAGCUUUGAAACCAUUCUUUAGCGUAUCAUGAGUGGUGGAUGAACAAUUCAGGCUUGCUUGGCGAAAAAGUAGGCAUUGCGCAAUUUAAACCUUUUUGUUGCUCCA